CAAAACAACCUCAACCUGUCGGCCGACGAGAAGCGCUACUAUGGCCAGCUGUUCCAGCAGGCUGAUACCGAACGAUUGGGCGUCGUGACUGGCGAGAUUGCUGUACGCUUCUUCGAAAAGACAAAGGUCGCCCCCAAUGUCCUGGGUGAACCGACCAUGAGAACCGUGGCCUCCUCACCAAGCCUGGCUUCAGUGUCGCUCUCCGUCUCAUCGGCCACUACCAGGCUGGUCGGGAGCCUAAUGCUGAGCUGGCUUUCAGACCCNGGCCCAUUGCCCAAGUUCGAGGGCAUGCCCCCACCUCCUCCUGCCCCCGUCGCAUCCGCCCCUCCCGCCGCUCCUAUCCAAGCUCAAGGCACCGGUAUCAGAAUACCCCCGCUCAACCCUGAGAAGUUGACACAAUAUGCCAAUCUGUAUGAUCAGUCGGCGGGAGGUGGCUACCUGUCAGGCGAGCAAGCAAAGGCCAUCUUUGAAAGAGCAGGUCUGCCCAACGAGACACUCGGCCGCAUCUGGCAACUGGCCGAUCGCGAAGGAAAGGGCUCCUUGGACAAGACCGAGUUUUGCAUCGCUAUGCACCUGAUUACCUGUUACAAGAGUCGCGCAUUGGCCGGUUUCCCAAAUGUCCUCCCUCCGGCUCUCUUCGAAGCCGCCGCUCGUCGUCCCAACCCUACUGGCCGUUCGCCAGUGGCUCCUGCUGGUCCUUCCGCCAUUCCCCGUCAGUUCACUGGCCCUCAAGCUCGCGCCCAGAGUCCCCUUGCAAGAGCUGCCUUUGGAGCACCACCUGCCAUGGCCCCACAAACUACAGGUCCUGUUUGGUUGAUUGCUCCUCCUGAGAAGGCUAAGUACGAUCAGUUCUUCUCGAGCAUUGACACGGCGAACAACGGCCACCUCAGCGGAGAACAGGCUGUCAAGUUCUUUAGCGAUUCCGGAUUGCCCGAGGAUACUCUCGCCUCUAUCUGGGACCUGGCCGACAUCAAUUCCGAGGGACAACUCAACCGUGACGAAUUUGCAGUUGCCAUGUACCUGAUUCGCCAGCAACGUAGUGGUGCGCCCCUACCCGCCUUCCUUCCUCCAGCUCUCGUUCCUCCGAGCAUGCGCAAUCAGCCCCAUCCAGCUCCUCAGACAACCGCGCCUGCCUUUGACAAUGCCAACAACUCGUCGCAACUUCCUAAAUCGGCCACUGAGGAUCUGUUCGGACUGGACGAGCCCAUGCCUCAGAUUCCCAACCAGCAACCUACUCUCGCUCCUGUAUCGGCACAAAAUACUGGCAGUGCAUUCGGUGCCGAUCCUUUUGCUGGCAGCAAGCCUUCUUCUCCUCCACCCAAUUCUCCUCCAAGAAAUUUCACUCCCCAGCAGACUGGUGGCGGUCCUGCAUCUCUGUUCAAGCCUUUCAUCCCCACAUCGGCAUUUGGUGCCACUUUGGCAGCACAAAAUACUGGAGGCAGCAAUGCGCCUAGCAACGCUCCAAGCACUGCCGCUAGAGGUGUCCAAUCUCCUUCAGCCAUGGAUGAUCUGCUUGGUGACGCCAAUGACGAAGAAACCAAGAACAUCACUCAGGACACGACCGAGCUUGCAAACAUGUCCAACCAGCUCGGCAAUCUAAGAAAUCAGAUGCAAGAUGUUCAGACCAAGAAGACCACCAACGAGCGUGACCUGGCGGCUUCGAGUACGCAAAAGCGUGAACUUGAGCAGCGUCUAGCACAGUUCCGUGCUCAAUAUGAGCAAGAAGUGCGAACCGUCAAGUCUUUGGAGGAACAACUUGCCAACUCGCGAAACGAGACCAAGAAACUGCAACAAGAAUUUGCCAUGAUCGAGGGCACUUACCAAGAUUUGCAGAACCAACACCAGCAGGUUUCCCAGGCUCUUUCGGCAGAUCAGCAAGAGAAUGCCAGUCUCAAGCAGCGCAUCUCACAGAUGAAUGCCGAGAUUGCUCAGCUCAAGCCCCAGCUUGACAAGAUGAGAUCUGACGCUCGCCAGCAGAAGGGCAUGGUUGCGAUCAACAAGAAGCAGCUUGCAACCAACGAGGGUGAGCAUGAAAAGAUUCGGACUGAGAUGGGCGAUCUGAAGAAGGCUGCCGAGGAACAUGAGCAGCAGAUGCGUGAGCAAACAGCGCAGGAGGAGCGUUCUAGGCAAGCAGCACAAGAAGAGCGUUCUAGAUCUGUUGCUUCGCCUCAGCCCCCUUCCACUGUUGUCAGCCCUGCACCAUCAAACACCAACCCGUUCUUCAGAAAGGCCACCGCUCCUAGAGAAGAGGGUACUCUUUCACCUGGAGCAGGUUUCUUGUCAGGCGCACCUAGCCCUAGUGCUUUCGAUGCAUUGUUUGGUCCUUCCGCUUCUCAACAGCAAGCUGGACCACACACACCACCCGUCACAUCUUUCAGAUCUGAACCUUCUGGUAACUCGGCCUCGUCUGAUGGUCGCAUGACUCCUGCAUCUCCGACUUUGUCUGCCACCACUCACGAUGAACCCCCACCACCCCCUCCAGAAUCCAGACAGUUCACUCCCAACAUCCUGCCUAUGCGUCAGCCUUUGACUAGAGAUCAGUCUGUUGCUUCAUCCAAUCGUGCAGCACCACCUGGUAGCAGAUUGGGCGAGCAGGAUUCUGCUAGUGUCGCCUCUCCUUGGGAUGCUGCCCCAACCAACUCUUUCAGCGCCAACCCCUGGGGCGGUGAGGACGUUGCUACUCCUCCCGCUCAGACAUCUGGGCCAGCUAUCCAGUCUCAGAACCAUGAUGGAUCUCAUGAGAGUGCAUCCCGAGACUUGCCUGAGCAGUUAGAGGAAGAGAUUCCUGGUGCUUUCCCUGAAACUCCUAUGGAGAUUCAGACCACUGGCCAGUCUGCACAGGCUCCUGCACAUGACUUUGAUUCUGCGUUUGCAGGGUUUGGAGAAACUCAACAGCAGAAUGGAGAUCACGCUGCUGCUCAUGAUCCAUUUGCACCUGCGCCAGUGUCUAGAGAAGUGGACCCUGCACCGGUCUCUAGAGAGGUCAACCCUGCACCUCCGAGCUACGGAAACUCUGAGUUCCCUCCCAUCCAAACCUUGGAACGCGAGGACUCGAGCAGUGACGAUGACAGUGACAGCGAGCGCGGGUUCGGCGAUGACUUCGGUUCUUCUGAGCCUCAUGCAGCCGCUACCACGACUGAGGUGCCCUCGGCUGAGCACCAUGAAGUUGCCGCCGAGGACUCACGUCGCCCAAGUGCUGUCGGUAUGCCAUCGACAGCUAACGUGUCAGAGCUUCCACCCAUCACUGCUCAAACAUCGCCACCUUCAUACGAGACAGCUCAGGAAGGACAACACCGCAGUGGCUCGAACAACUUCCCUCCCGAGUUCACCGGUCUGCUGCCUUCUCGUGAGGACCCAACACAGUCUCCUGUGCCGCACUCAGUUCCUCAUGAGCAGCAGCCUCAGACUCCCAUGACUAGCACGGCUGGAUCGGACCACUUCCACGAUGCUCACUCUCGCCCUAUGAGCAAUAUAACUGACAUGGGUGCCACUUCUUUUACCAACGUGGGAGAAGUCACUCAACAUGUUACUCCUGUUGCUCCUCAAGAGUCAACCAAGGACGCAUUUGACGACGACUUUGACAACUUUGACGACCUUGCCGAGGCCAAGGAAGCCAGCGGCGAAAACUUCGACUUUGGCUUCCCUCACCACCAGAACACCGAUGAGUUUGACGCAAACUUUGACUCGCCCGCACAGUCUACCAUCCACACCAUUUCUUCUCCGCAAGAGACACCGGUCACAAGAACCGCACCCAACGGCUUCUCGGACUUUGAAUCCAACACUGGCGCCUCGCAGCAGCAGUACCAACCAACACCCAUAGCCAUCCCCUUUGGCUCGACACACGCGCCGCAAGCACAGGCACCCCACGACUGGGACGCUAUAUUCUCUGGUCUUGACACGCCCGCCCCGCAAGUACAGCCCACGCCCAAUUUCAGCGGCAACGACGGCGCGGCAACGCCAAAGGCUUCUUUUUCAGCUGCCCAGACAAUUACUAUGCCGCCACUGGGCCGCGCCAUUAGUAUGGGCACAGAGCAUGACGAUCCUAUCCUGAAAAGACUUACGGGUAUGGGAUAUCAGCGCGAGAAAGCGCUUGAUGCGUUGGAAAAGCACGAUUAUGAUAUUGAUAGGGUGAGUUUUGAUGUGCUUGAUGAGACGACAAAGACGAAAAUAUGCUAA